GGCGGCGUCUUCGUCUACCUCUCUGCACUAUGUCCGGCGGCCUUCUGAAGGCGCUGCGCAGCGACUCCUACGUGGAGCUGAGCCAGUACCGGGACCAGCACUUCCGGGGUGACAAUGAAGAACAGGAAAAAUUACUGAAGAAGAGCUGUACGUUGUAUGUCGGAAAUCUUUCCUUUUACACAACUGAAGAACAAAUCUAUGAACUUUUCAGUAAAAGUGGCGACAUAAAGAAAAUCAUUAUGGGCCUGGAUAAGAUGAAGAAGACAGCAUGUGGGUUCUGCUUUGUGGAAUACUAUUCAAGAGCAGAUGCAGAAAAUGCCAUGAGGUACAUAAAUGGAACUCGUCUGGAUGACCGGAUCAUUCGCACAGACUGGGACGCAGGCUUUAAGGAGGGCAGGCAGUAUGGCCGUGGGCGAUCUGGGGGCCAGGUACGAGAUGAGUAUCGUCAGGACUAUGACGCUGGGAGAGGAGGCUAUGGAAAACUGGCCCAAAACCAAUGAUAAACAUGGAUUUCUAAUGCAGCAGAAAGGUCCUGUGCGGAUGUUCAAGGAGAACCCUAGAGGACAAUGUCUUAUUGAUACACACAUCUCACUGGGACCAGAAGUAAAACUGCAUUCAAAUAGCAUUAUCAUAAACCAAGCCCUACUACAUCUCAUCCUUUUAACUACCCUAUGUUAGACAGCAUCCCUACUUUACCAAUGGAGGUAGGAAGCUUAGGGAGGUUAAGUAACUUUCCCAAGAACCCUUAAGUAGCAUAUGGCAGAGUAAGAUUCUGAUUAUAGGUUAUAUGACCACAGAAAGUUAACCAUUAACUAUUAACCUAUGCUGCCUCCAAAGCAGGAGAUACCUAUUAUCUUUUCUCUACAAAAGCAACUUGUUCUUCACUGCAUCUUUUCCUUUUAAUACCCCCUGGCCAAGAAUUACCCAGAAAAUGGCUUCUUAAGAUGAGAAUUAAACCCAUUAUUUUUUACCCACUUGCAUUCACAAACUAAUGAACCAAAAAGGAAAAAUGCAUUUGGUAUAGUACUAAAACUUCAAUGUGACCAAGAAAGAAAUGAUAAAAUGUUAGGGGAAAAAGAAAACAAAAACUAGAAUUCAAAUUAUAGUCCAUCUGCCAGCACAAAAGGUAGUAACAAAAGGUAGUAACUCUUCCUCCCUGGCUGCUAGAAGCUCAGCCAUCAUGAACAACACAACAGUAACUGUUGGGACCAGCAAGUUCAUGACCAGUCCACUAUUUCAGCAGAAACAAGUGGUCACUGAUGUUCUUCAUCUGGAAAAGGCAAAAGUACCUACGUCAGAAAUUCGGGGAAAAAUAGCCAAAAUGUACAAGACCACAUCAGAUGUCAUCUUUGUAUUUGGAUACAGAACCCAUUUUGGUGGUGGCAAGGCGACUGGCUUUGGCAUGAUUUAUGAGUCCUUGGAUUAUGCAAAGAAAAACGAACCCACAGUCUUGUAAGACGGCCUGUAUGAAAAGAAAAAGACCUCAAGAAAACAACAAAAGAACACAAGAACAGAAUGCAGAAAGUCAGGGGGACUGCAAAAGCCAAUGUUGGUGCCAGCAAAAAGGAGUAAAGAUUCUACAGUGACUUUAUCUGUGGUGAUUGUGCAGAUAAAUACUGCAGAAAUCCUUCAUGAGAGGAUUAAUAAACUAAGAAUUAAAAAAAAAAACCCACAAAAGGAAAUAAUAUGAAAAACAAAACCUGAAGUGUUAUUUCAGAAGUUAAAUUGCUCAUCUUAAACCAAAUGUGCUGGAUAGUUUUUUCUAAAGGCAAUUGACAGGUCACAUCCCACCAUGAAUGUGGAAUGAGGUUGUGUUGUGCAUACAAGAAAUGGAACCAUUUGCUUCUUCAACAAAAUACAAUACACAUGUCAGAAAGGUCCCAUCAAAAAUAAGGAAGGCAUGGGGCAUCUGGCUGGCUCAGUGGGGCAUGCCACUCUUGAUCUUAGGGUUGUAGGUUCGAGCCCAACAUUGGAUGCAGAGAUUACUUAAAACAAAAUUUUAAUGACAAAAUAAGGCAUGAAAUAGCUAAGACUAAACUUAAGAAAUGUGCAAGCCUAAGUGAAAAGCACAAAAUUCUGGUGAAAGGACAUAGGUCAAUAAAUGGAGUAAUUCUUUGUUUUUAGACAGGAAAACUCAGUAUUAUAAUAAAUGUAAUUUCCCCUUAGUCUAUAAAUGUGAUGCAAUACCAAUCAAAGCCAU